GCCCCGGCCCCGCCCCGGCCCCGCCCCUUCCGCCGCCUGGUCGGGGCUGGCGCCGGUGGCUGCCACUUCCGGCCGGGGAUGGGGAGGUUGCGGUGGCCGCCGCUGCCGCCCGAGGGAGCGAGGACGCGCCGAAGCCGCCGCCGCUCCCGUCCCGCAGCCGGGCGCUGCGGCACCGCCACGUAGCGCCGCCGCCACCGCGACAAAGCUCCUUCAUGCAACUGGACACUGUAUGUGCCAUCUCUACAGAGCAGCUGAUCAUGCUGUGCUCUGGAGUGGCGAAAACUCAGCAAGACCUUUCCUGGUGCUUAAAUGCCUCUCAUGUUUGGUAGGGUGUGCCUUUUGCUGGAUAACAGAGGUGAGGGGGUGGGAAGAAAAGGAGGAGGUGAAAGAGAGAAGCAAACCCACAUUGCUUUUCUGGUCAAUUUUGUUGGCGAAUAGAGAAGGAUGAUGGCAGGCAAUAACCAGCUUUGCAUUCGACGUUGGACUACCAAGAAUGUGGCCAAGUGGCUGAAGGAAGAAGGCUUCUGUGAAUAUGUGGAUAUUUUGUGCAAUAGACACAGGCUAGAUGGAAUUACAUUACUGACACUUACUGAAUAUGACUUACGAUCCCCUCCUUUAGAAAUCAAAGUCCUGGGGGAUAUCAAAAGGCUAAUGUUGUCCAUACGCAAACUACAAAAACAACAUAUUGAUGUCCUAGAAGAGCUGGGUUACAGCAGUGAUAGUCAUCUUAGCACAGCAUGCCCUAAUAUUGGUUCACUUCAAGGUACAGAUUGGUUUUGUAACGGUGAAGUACCUCGGGACUAUGAUGGACCAAUUACUGACUUGAAUGGUGAUCAGUAUCAAUACACAAAUGGAAAAAACAAACACUGUAUGCGAAGGUUGGACCCAGAGUACUGGAAGACAGUGUUAAGUUGUGUGUAUGUCUUCAUAGUGUUUGGUUUUACAUCAUUUGUUAUGGUUAUAGUACAUGAGCGAGUACCUGACAUGCAGACAUAUCCACCUCUGCCAGACAUAUUUCUAGACAGUGUCCCUAGGAUACCAUGGGCUUUUGCUAUGACUGAAGUGUGUGGCGUAGUUCUUUGCUAUAUUUGGCUGUUGGUUCUUCUCCUUCACAAACACAGAUCUAUACUUCUGCGAAGGCUGUGCAGCCUCAUGGGGACAGUAUUCUUAUUACGUUGCAUUACAAUGUUCGUUACCUCACUCUCUGUGCCAGGCCAGCACCUGCAGUGUACUGGAAAGUUGUAUGGCAAUGUUUGGGCAAAACUCCAGCGGGCAUUUGCAAUAUGGAGUGGCUUUGGUAUGACUCUGACUGGAGUACAUACGUGUGGAGAUUAUAUGUUCAGUGGCCAUACUGUUGUCCUGACCAUGCUCAACUUCUUUGUCACAGAAUAUACACCAAGGAGCUGGAACUUCUUGCAUACUUUGUCCUGGGUCCUGAAUCUCUUUGGAAUCUUCUUCAUUUUGGCCGCACAUGAACAUUAUUCUAUAGAUGUCUUCAUUGCCUUUUACAUCACUACAAGACUCUUCUUGUAUUAUCAUACAUUGGCUAAUACUAGAGCAUAUCAACAGAGUAGGAGAGCAAGGAUCUGGUUUCCUAUGUUUUCAUUUUUUGAAUGCAAUGUUAAUGGUACUGUUCCCAAUGAGUAUUGCUGGCCUUUUUCAAAACCUACAAUACUGAAAAGAUUGAUUGGCUGAAGAGUGUAUGGGUUAAUUCAGAUUUUUAUGAAGCAUUAUGACUAAGAACCUACAAGGCUAGCUGGGGGGAUAUAAAAUAACAUUUUUCACUCCGUGGUCUCCUCUUCCGUGUCUCAUUUCUUACAAUUCUUGGUCAUAGAACGGGCUACCCAUACUUCACAGGGGAUGUGUUUUGUUUUGUUUUCGCUUAAAUAGAAAGCAAGACAGGGAUGGGUAAAGGCAAUUGCUGAAUCAUGAAUGUGAACUAGAAGACUGUUACCCUUAGUAAGGUUCUAUGUGAAUGUUUAAGUAACUAACCUCAGAUAUGUGCUUGUACUGAAUAUAGUGUAUCCUUUAUAGGUCCAAAUAUUCUCCAUUAUCUGACAUGUCAGCCUUUACACAUACUGACUUAAAAAUUGACUUUACAUUGACUUUCCUUUAAAACAGUCAUAAGUAGUUUAAUUUUUAAAAUUAACUGUGUAUACUUAAAGAUUGAGGAGUAUUGUGUCAUAAUGAGGAAUGCAGAUGUUCCUUGCUGAAAGGGUCUCUCAACUGUUAAGUGACAAGUCUUAAAGUAUAAUUGAGAAUAUAAAUGGUCUGCCUACAGGAUGCCAAAAAUGAAAGUCUGCUUUGUGGGUAUGUAGUGAAGACAUGUUGUUGGGUUUUGUUGUUGUUAUUUUUUUGAGAGAGAGAGAGCUUAUUUAGUCAAGUCUUGACUGUCUAUACGGUUGUUCUAGCACUUGCAAGUUUUCCCUUUUGUGUUUCAAUAAAUGAGUUAGAAAUAAAUGCUGCAUCCACUGAAAGUUAACUUAGCUCUAGUGCUUUUAAAGCCACAAAAUAACUUUUCUGUGUGGUUUUAAUUGCUUUAUAUCCAGACCUAUGCAUGCUUUUUAUGAGCAGCUCUUUAACAUUGGAAAAAUAUAAGUUACCUUCACGUAUCUUACUGUCCCGUAAAUCAGUGGGGAAAAUGCAUGUAGUAACUCUUUCAGGAAAAGCGUAAUAGUGAGUUUUGGAGGUAGUGCUCAUAUUGAUCUUUCUAUUUUAAAGUGUGUUUUAUCUCUCUGGUGUCAACAAUAUGGUGAAUAUCUCUGGAUAUAUAUACAGUAUUGUUCUUCUAACGAGUAUGAAAAAAGACUAGUUCUUAAUUUAAGUUGUUCAUUUACUACACUGAAAGAUAAAAGUACCAUAAGCAGUUGAGUUCUAGUUAUAAAAAUCACUCUGAGCCCAUGAUGUGUAAGCAAGGGUCACACAGUUGGUGGCUUUUCAUGCAGUGGUUUGUAAGAAGACAAUACUACCAUUGGUGGAUGAGAUUUGAAAUUAUGUUUAUGCUGAUGAGAUUUUGCCUGAUAGGUAGAAGUUGCAACUUGCAAAAAGUGUAUAGCCCUUUUACUUACUGCAGUUUCAGAAUAGGUGGUAUGUGUGGAAGGUAGUGUAAGUUAGCCUUGGAAAGCUGCAUGACACUUUUCCAGCUUGGUACAGUCUCGCUUAUGACCAUAAUGUACAUAUAUUUGCAUGGAAAAGAAUCCCUUUGGUGGAGUCUUGCAAGGCAGUUUUGUAUUUGGAGGUUUGUAACCUGUCAUCUACUUCUCUGUGUUCCUUUUCUAAACCUGGUUUGUAUUAGAAGUAAUUACUAACUUGACAAUCUUCCUCUCUUCAUAAUAUAUUACUUUUGUAACUUAAUUUAGCUCCUAUUUCACAGAGGAAUUGUGCAUCUUAGAGUAUCUGCACCAAGUGCAUUGAGCACACAUAUGUUGUACUAUUCUGCAGACCUUUGUAUUUGUAACAUUCCAACUUUUAGCAAAAUUGUGAGUAUAAUACUGCAUUGUUUAAUCCAGCAUAGCCUAAUGGCUCCUGCCAUCCAAAUUGGGGGAGUAUGCUUAUAUUUAACGAAAAAAGAGAAUAUAUUGUGAAAGACUUGCUCAUUUGCUGUCCUUACCUUUCUGAUUUGAACAUUCCUCUUGAGACUUGAUGUAAGUUUUAUUUAUUAAUUUAUAUUUGCCUUUGCAAUGCAUACACAGUUAUGAAUGCUGCUUUAUACUCUUAAGAAACUGCCUGUUUUCGUGAUGUGCAGGGUUGUAUUCUGAGUUAUAACAUGGGGAAAGGUAUGCAAUUAAACUUGCAAAGCUGUUGCUUCUGAAAAGAACCAUGUCAGUGCUAACUGGCACACCUAUGUCUGCAUUGAAAAAAUUAUUUUGAAAGUUAGUAACGCAGCACGGUUUUAAAGUAUAGCCCAGUGUAAUGGUGUUUACAUAAAGUAAAGGUGUCAUUUCAAUACUAGGGUUUUUUAUUAAGUUCAAAUACUUUGAAACAUAAGGCUUCUUUCUGAAUUUAUUUUCUCAAAUUCUGUUAAGUAAAUCAGUGUGUUAAGUCAGCAUUGCCUAUCGGUGUUUUUUUAAAAGAAAUGUGUUCUUUUGUGCUGAUUCCCUUGAUGCUAUAUAUGUGUCCAAGAUGCAUGGUAUACAAAGGUUGGUUUUGUGAGGACUGGAUUGGGUUAAAAUAUUGCCAGGAUAAUUGUCCUCUUAGGUUUUUGAAGGUAAUUUUGUCUGUCUGUAAACACACAAGUGAAAGGCUUGAAAUUAUUAGCAGACAGAAUAUUUGAUUUCACUUGCAAAAUAGCACAAGUCAGUCCUUAAAGUUGGUAGAAUAAGUUUUAUUGUUAAUUAGAUAGAAACAAGCUACAAGUGACUGACAGGAUUGCAAUUCUGUACCUCCUUUUUAAAGAAUCCAUGCUUUAAAAGGGUUUUACUGCUUCUCUGCUGCUGACAAGCCUUUUCAAGUGAAGGCAUCAGAACGUUGGUGGCCCUUGGAGAUGAUGUUAAAUGUGUUUGAGCUUGAUCCCUCUCCCUUAUGUUCAUGCACCAGUCCCUUUGCCCUCCUUUAACUUACUGCAUCUGUUUCUUACACAUGUCAUCUUGUGUGGUCUGGGGAAGUGCACACAUCUGAAUUCGGAGUGAUGAAUGAUCAGUUCUUUACCCAGGGAGUGCAAGUGACUAACAAGAACGUGGGUCAGGUACUAUCAAGUGCACAAGUUGAUCAAGUACAAAAGUCUAACUUCGAAUAACUCUGGAUAUACAAAAGAGGCAGAAGGUCAUGCUUUAUAUGCUUUUUCUUGGUAAUUUGGCAAAUCCAGUAAUACCUGAGACUUUGCAAUAGUCCUAAGCUGUUCCUUAGUGCUAUGAGUUUGGGAUAUAUUUGGAGUGGAUGUGUGGACAUAUAUAUAUGCACAGACUUAGGUGAUACGAAGGUGAUAGACUUAUGGAUUCUCUAAGUACAAACUAUAUGCUUAACUCUAAGCAAAUCACUAAUUACUAACUUCAGUGAGGGUUACCUGUUAAAUUUAAGCCUCUUUUUGGAUUAGGGCAAGUGCAUACUGUGCAUGGUAUACUGAUACUGUAAUGGGAAUAGAUAAUGUCAUUUUCUUUUCAGUUUACCCUGACUCUUUGUCUGUCAUAAAAGAAAACAUGUUCCAGUAGAAUUUCUAAUACUACAUAAAUGUUCUGAGAAAAAAAAAGCUUUGUAAAAAAAAAAAAAAAAAAAACCAAACAAACAAACAAAAAAAAGUGCAACAAAAACCUUGGUAGUUGUUUUAAGAAGCAGAAAUUGGUGAAAUUAAUUGAAAAAAAGCUAUUUCAGCUGCAAACGUUAAAUGAAGUGUUAUUUAGCAGUAUUAAAGUCCUUCAACAAGGAUGAAACUACAGGUUCCUAUACUCAUUCUUUUUUUUUUCUUCUGUAUGGCUAGCUAUAUGUGGUAUCUCUUAAUGCCAGAAAGAAUAUCUGAGAGAAAGAGGGAAGGAUGGAACUCCUGAGAUGCACACAAGUCUCUUGUGGCAGUAUCUUUUUUAGCAGUGAUUGCACACUUCAGUGUUACUUGUUUGUUUCUAUUUAGCUCCUUUUUCAUGUACUUUUUAAUGUCUGCUGAGGUUUGCAAGCACCAAAACUAUUGUGGAGCUGAAUCUUAAUCAUUAAACAUAUAUUUGAAGAAAUACCAGAUAUCUUGAAUAAAUAAAUGUGAGUUUUGUGGACUUGGAGUGUAACAUCAGAAAAGUAACCAAUUAUGACUAUGACAAAUAGUAUUUCAUUCUGUCUACAUAACCUCCACUGAAGAGGUGGGAGAAUUUGCUGGAAUCUGUGGAAGACGUUGACUUUUUCGGUUUUGGUUUGAAUAAUCUAGAAUUACUUAUUAGAAAGUUGACCUGUAACUACAAAGCUAUCAUGAUCUUGUGAAGGGAGUUUAUUUGACAGAAGUCCUAGCAGUGAGCCAGCACACACUCUGAAUUAUGUUGUGUAAGACUUUUUGAAUCGGGAUUUAAUUGGUAGACCACUGGUGAUCCAUAUAGAUUACUACUUCUGAUGCAUAUUUGUUGUUGUCACUAUUCUAGUUGAAACAGUAUUUCUGGAAAAAAUGUCCUUUGGAGUGAACCUACAGGUGUCUUGCUCAUUGUUUUAAGAAAAACAUGCCCCUCCAAAGCCCUUACAACCCUUCAAACACUAUAGUAUUGUGAACACUGAACUUCUCAUAUAGCAGUUUCCUGCAUUACUUACCAUUUGUAUCUUAAAGUUGCAGUGAAUAGAGCGUACAUAAUUUAGAGAUAUGCACGUUUUCAAAGCCAGUUUGUAGUAGGUGUGUAAGAACUUAAGGUGUUAAAUGCAGAGCACAGUAACCUGACCUGUUAGCCAAGUGACUGCAUAAAGACUUACUGUAACUUAGUUUUGGUGUCUCUCAAUUCAGUUUUCUUAAAUGAGAAAUAUGUCAAAUGUGAGAAAUCACCAACUGCAUUGUACACAGUAUGUACCAUAAUAGGCAUGUAGAAACAUGACUUUUCACACUGAACAGUUAAAUCAAUUUUGUUCUCACAGAGAAACUAGUAUUACGUAACAGCUGGAAGGAAUGCCAGUGAAGUUUAAAGCAAGUACUGUAAAUAAGUAAAUAUUGUUUUGAUUCUAAACUCAGAUUGAAUUAAUAUAUUGUUUUAUAUCUUUGUUGUAUUAAAACA